AUGAAAAAUAUACAUGCACAACUUAUUCCAAUGUCUCCAAUAUCUUGUUCUUCUUUAUUGUCUCAGACAUCUAUUAAUAUAAUAUCUUCUCUAGAAUGUUUAUUUCAUGCUAAAUAUAUAUUAACUAUUGCUGAUUUUUGUUUUUGGUAUGAUGUUCGAUCAACAUUAUUAGAUAUAAUUGAUCGCGUUGUAACGAUGAAUGAAGUUCAUCAUUAUAUUGUUGAAAAAAAUCAUUUAAAAAUUGUUAAAUUUUGUCUACCUCAAUUAAAUACAAAAUAUCGAAAAAUAAAACGAUCAAAAAAUUCAAUUGCUACUCAAACAUUAUUUGAUUAUGAACAACGACGAAAUGCUAAAAUUCAAACAAAUACAUUGACACUUUUUUCAAUACAAAAACAAAAUUUAUCUUCUUCAAAAUUAUUUUUAAAUUAG